UAUUUUUUUCUCUCCGUAUCAUAAAUGAAUCUAUAUGAUUGAUUCUUGACACUCUAUUGAGCAGACAUAAUCGAAGGGUCAACUGGCAGAUGAUAGCUGAACAUGUGAUCGCAACUUUGUACUUUUUUAUGUUGUUCUCUUUUUAUUUGAGUGUGUGCGUGAAUGUUAUAGCAAGGGACCACAGCUUAGUCAGUUUACAUUAUUUCACCCUACAACAGUUUCCUCAAACUUUGACCUGGUAUAGUCUGUUACACUAGUCUACUAUUUAACGUUUGAAAAUAAACUAUUUUGACGGGUAGACUAAUGUUGAUUCUCGAAGUUCAAAAAAAUGUUUUUAAUGGGUGGAUAAAUCAAUUAAAUUAUAAAUUUUCUGAAUCUUCGAAAAGAUUAGAUACUUUUUCAUUGUAAUAAACGCUUAUCUUCGUUAUGCGUUAAAAUUUAUAUAAGUCCAUUAUUUGAUAUCAAAAUUUUUGGAUGAAAUGUUUUCAUAAUAACUCAAUUAUAUUCUUUUUUUUUAGUUGAAUUAUUUUAUGAUGACACGUUCAUAACAGCAACACUAAUUGUCGAACUAAAAAGAAACUGAAUUAAUAUUAAUAGUUUUUAUUCCUCUGAGCAUGUGAUAACUAGAUGUUUGAAUGACACUAAAGAUCUAAUACUUUGAAGCUUAACAACUUUUGAGAGGUGAAAAAAAAAAUUUUGAUUUUUGUGGUGUGAACAUUUCUUCCAUUACUCUUUAAUAAAAGUGACUCACGAGAGUAGUAAAGUGUGUAUUGGAUUUUAAUAUUACAAUUAAUAUGAAUGGUCAUUGUUUACUAGUUACUUUUAUAAUCGUGGAGUUCAUUUUCUUUUUCAAUGGAGUAAAUUCUGCUGUAAUAAAAAGCCAGAUGAAGAAUGAUAUUAAUAGUAAAAACCUCAAAUUUGAUGUUGAUAAAUUGGUGAAUUCAAGAUAUGCUAUUACUAAGGAUAUAGAUUUGAAUAUAUGUAAAGCAGAUAAUCUAUUCAUCUACCAAUCUACCAUCAAUAUCUACCAUCUAUUCAUCAAUAUCAAAAACCAGUUUUCAGAAGACAUGGUGAUUUCUCAUGCAGACUCAGAAUUCAGAACUUUUCACAAGAUGACAAUAGCCACUAAGCUUGGAAGAUCAGAACGGAUUAACAAGAAGGAGACGAAGACAUUUAAAAGUAUGAAAUCAAAAGCAUUUCAAAACUUACAAACUAGUAUACGGUACGCUACACAUAAUCGACCACUUGGAAUAAAAAAUAAAAAAUUAAUGAAUGAACACAAACAAAAGGAACUCAACGAAUCAGGAGACUAUAGCAGUUCAUUCUACACUGACAUCAAUUUAAGAAUGAAUUACAGGUCAUCCAAGAAGUUGCAAGAGGGACGCUCUGUAAAAAUCCAGCAACUUUUCAACAUCGUUAAUCAUGAUCUCAGUGACCAAAACAUUAGAUUAGCUGGUAGACUAUCGCCAAAAGUUGAGCUGUCCAAAAAUAAUGACGAACUAAAUUCAGUGAACUUUCCGAAAAUUUGGAAAAGUCGCCGCCAAAGAGCUGCGACGGCACGAAAGGAACGCAUUUGGGACCAUGGUGUGAUUCCUUAUGAAAUUGAUGGUAAUUUUUCCGGUGCUCACAAAGCCCUUUUCAAGCAAGCCAUGCGGCACUGGGAGAACUUCACGUGUAUCAAAUUUGUUGAACGUGUAAACCGAGAACAUCCAAACUACAUCGUCUUCACGGAGCGUCCAUGUGGUUGCUGCUCAUUUGUCGGCAAACGUGGGAAUGGACCGCAGGCAAUCAGCAUUGGCAAGAACUGCGAUAAAUUUGGCAUCGUUGUACAUGAACUCGGCCAUGUUGUCGGAUUCUGGCAUGAGCAUACUCGACCUGAUCGUGAUCGGCACGUCCAGAUCAUACGUGACAAUAUAAUGACAGGGCAAGAAUACAACUUCAAUAAAUUAACACACGAAGAAGUUGAUUCGAUUGGUCUUCCGUAUGAUUAUGAUUCCAUAAUGCAUUAUGCCAAGAACACGUUUUCUAAAGGAACAUACUUGGAUACAAUUCUUCCGAUGGAAAACUAUGGGAAACUACGACCUGAAAUAGGCCAGCGAAUUCGUCUCAGUGAAGGUGACAUCGCCCAAACGAAUCUUCUUUAUAAAUGUCAAAAAUGUGGCAGAACAUUUCAGGAUAACAGUGGCAGUUUCGGAUCUCCAAUAAAUUUAAUCAAUUCAACUCCAACUCCAACUGAUAGUGAGAAAUGUGAAUGGCGAAUUACAGCGACUCAUGGUGAACGAAUAACUCUUAAUAUAACGUCACUCAACAUUUUCAAAAGUGAUUAUUGUCGAACUGACUACAUCGAGAUAAGAGAUGGAUACUGGUACAAGAGUGCUGUAUUAGGUCGAUUUUGUGGAAGCGGUAAAAUCCAUGAGUCUAUUGUAUCAACGGGAAGUCGAAUGCUCGUCACUUAUGUAACUACAAGUCUCCGCAGUGGCUAUCGUGGUUUUAGGGCAAAUUACGAAGCAUUGUGUGGAGGUUACGUUAAACUGGAUAGCAUCGAUCAUCUAGAAUCACCGAAUUAUCCCGAAGAGUAUCAAUCUGGCAAGGAGUGUGUUUGGAAACUGUCUGUACCUCAGAAUUAUCAGGUUGCUCUAAAGUUCCAGGCAUUUGAAAUUGAAAAUCACGAUAACUGUGUGUACGACUACGUCGAAGUUAGAGACGGCCAUAAUCAAAAUUCACCGUUGAUUGGAAUCUACUGCGGCUAUAAGGUACCACCCGAUUUACGAUCAACAGGAAGUGAACUUUUUGUUAAGUUCGUAAGUGAUGGAUCAGUUCAGAAAGCCGGAUUUUCCGCAACAGUCAUAAAAGAAUUCGAUGAAUGUGCUGGUAAGCAUGACUGUAUGCACGAGUGCAUAAACACGCUUGGAGGCUACGAAUGCUCAUGUAAUAUUGGUUUCGAAUUACACUCGGACGGAAAACAUUGUGAGGCUGCCUGUGGUGGCUUGAUUGAUGCACCCAAUGGAACUAUCACAAGCCCUUCGUUUCCAGAAAACUAUCCGGGUAACAAAAAUUGUAUUUGGGAAAUUAUUGCUCCAUUUCAAUAUCGAAUUACACUAAAUUUUACGCAUUUUGAUUUGGAAGGAAAUAAAGCGUAUAACCAAGAUUGUGAUUAUGAUUCGAUCGAAAUAGUUAGCAAUUUAGGAGAUGACAUCAUAAAAAGACAUGGAAUGUUCUGUGGCUCGACGCUACCUCUGCCAAUUACUUCGGAAGGAAAUAGAAUGAGAAUAUCAUUCACAUCAGAUGAGAACAUACAAAGAUCUGGUUUUGUUGCACUAUUUUCCGCUGAUAUGGAUGAAUGUGCAAAUAACAAUGGAGGAUGUCAGCAUGAAUGUCAUAAUACUGUUGGUUCAUAUGAGUGCUCAUGUCAUAACGGUUUUAAACUUGAUGAGAAUCGCCACCAUUGCUAUGAAGGUUCUUGUAAAUACGAAAUAACAAGUCCACGAGACACAAUUAUAUCACCAAACUAUCCUGAUUACUACCCAGCUCGAAAAGAUUGUGUUUGGCACUUCACAACUACGCUUGGUCACCGUAUCAAAUUGAUAUUCAAAAAAUUCGAAAUAGAACCACAUCAGGAGUGUGCUUACGAUUACAUAAUUUUAUAUGAUGGAAGUUUACCAGAACAUCAGAUACUUGGAAAGUUUUGUGGAACUAAGGAACCUUAUCCGAUAAUCGCAACAGGGAAUCAGAUGCUGAUGGUUUUCAAAACUGAUGCUUCUGUUCAACGAAAAGGAUUUUUAGCCACUCAUACAGCUGUCUGUGGAGGACAUUUGGUGGCCACAAGUACAAUGAAAUACUUUUACUCACAUGUACGAUAUGGUGAAGGAGACUACGAUCAUCAAACUGAUUGUGAUUGGACAAUUGAAGCUGGAAAAGGCAAAAAUGUUCACUUAAUUUUUUUAACAUUCCAACUAGAGUAUGAAGAAAACUGCUCCUACGACUUUGUAGAAAUAUUCUCUGGUCUUGACGUAUCUAGUCCAAGUUUUGGAAAAUUUUGUUCUUCAAACAUAACCGAUAUAGUUUCUCUCAACGAAGCACUAUUAGUGAGAUUUCGCACGGAUGACACAAUCUCUUAUAGAGGAUUCUCAGCUGCUUUCAUUGCAGAAGAUCAACAAGAAAGUGAGGAAAAUUUAAGUGAUAAUAAUGAGGAAAGCAACAGUUCAUCGAUAUCUAAACAAUAAACAACGAACAUUAUAGAAAAAAAAUUUAAAAAUUGAUAAAUGUAAUCUUCCAGCAGCAAACAAAAAAGCAAUUAAUGUCAUAAAUUUGCGUGCAUAACGUUCUGUUUAAAAUCAAUCGGAAUCGAGCUUGCGCAAUUUUUCUUCCGUUUCUUCCAGUAAAAGUUUGUAGCUGUAUGAUUUAUAAGCUAUGAUUAUAAGUUCUCAAUCUUCAGCAAAACCUAAAAAAACCACUCAAUAAAAUUAGUACAUUAAAAUUUCCAUUGCCAACAAAUAUCUUAGUAUUUUCUAUAUUAUUUAUCCAACUUUAUUAUCUGAAAUCAUUUUUCAUUAGAAGUUAAUAGUACAUAUUCAAUGCUCAUUGACUUAAAUGUCAUUUAUUCCAUAUCGAAUUUUUUGAAAGAUAUGAGUGGUUGAUAUUUUUACUGAGAUCUCGUAGCACCAACAGGAUUUCCUACCAAUAUUUCUUGUCAAUUUUUUAGUAAUAUGUGAUGAACUUUUACUUGGUAAUAAACAGUAGUUUUUAUGUUGAACUCCAAUUUUUAUUUUAUCAUUAUAAUUCAAUUUUGAAACUCCAUACGGCAGAUAAGUAUGAAGCUAUGAUAAGUAUAAUGGGUAACUGGUUUAUAAAACAUUACUGGUUUUCGAAUAUUUCGGUCUUCUUCUCCCGAGAUGAAAAAAUUGAGGUAUUUUGACGAAACACAAAUACCGAUUGAAAAGUAUUUUUAGCAGGAUAAUUAUGUUUGACGAGUAUUUGAAAUACAAUUGUAUCCAGUUAAAAUACUUGCUCGGGAUACUCAAAAACACAAUUGUAUCCGGUUAAAAUACCUACUGAUUAUUUGAAAAAAAUAAUUCCAACAAGAGUGCGUUUUACAUAUAUAUUUUUUUACAUAAAUUCGUUUCUACCCGGCAGUCCAAUUCACAGGGCAUUACAAUUUCGAAAUCGUUAUUGGCACUCAUACGGGGAAAUUUACGGGAAAUACGGGGACAUUUACGGGUUUCACACACAAUGUAAUCAGUUCUACACAUACAACGGUGGCUAUGUUCACCGUAAAUUUUCUCGUAAUCUCUAUAAAUGUCCCCGUAAAUUCCCCCGUAUUGAGUGCCAAUAGCGUUACCGAUACAAUUUAGGGCUUUUUUCCUCCACUAGUGGUGCUUGUAAAGCUCUUGUAUGUGAAAUCUAUAUAAAAAAUUGGACAAGCGCCAUACACGGCAAAAAAAAAGUCCUAAAUUGUAAAAAAUUUGCCCUGUGAAUUGGACUGCGGGUUUGAUCCUACGUUCUUCUAAUUACUAAACUUACACUCUACCACGAGACCAUUUUUACAAGUUAAUAAAAUUUGAAAUUUUGUUAACAUAAGCUACAAGGUCUAUACAAAUAUAAUUUAUUUAAAAAAUUAAAAAAGAGAUUCACUAUCUUUAUUUUAGAUUACUACUCGAUUUAUUUGACUAUACAUUCUUUCCUAAUCAACAUUUGCCAUAAUUAAUUAUAGUCAAAUAGCUAUUGGCAAAUGUAUGUAAGGAAAAGAUGUGGUGUCCCCAGCAUGAUUACUAGAAUAAAUUGGAAAUGUUAAUAUAAGGAUAGAUAAAAUUAU